AUGAUUUAUUAUCGUUGGGCUAGUUUCCUCCUCCCCCAGAUCUCUAUCGAUGCACUCGGAAGCUCGGCUGAGGCUGCCUGGCGCUGGAACCAGGAAGGCGGUGAGCUUAAACUGAACCAAGUUCGGAGGGCGGCAGCGGCGCCCAGAUUUGAAGGAAGGUUUUUUGGUCUGUGGCGCUUGCAAGUCAACCAGAGGCGUGAAGCCGAAGGCCGGGACCCAGAAAUGGGACGCCGGUCUUCAGAUACUGAAGAAGAAAGCAGAAGCAAGAGAAAAAAGAAACACCGUAGACGGUCGUCUUCAAGUAGUUCUUCAGAUAGUAGAACAUACAGCCGAAAGAAAGGUGGAAGGAAAUCAAGGUCAAAGUCAAGAUCUUGGUCCAGAGAUCUUCAGCCUCGUUCUCAUUCAUAUGAUAGAAGACGCAGGCAUCGAUCAAGCAGUAGCUCUUCUUAUGGCUCUAGAAGAAAACGAAGUCGAAGUCGUUCAAGGGGUCGAGGGAAAUCCUAUAGAGUUCAGAGAUCUAGGUCAAAAAGCAGAACAAGAAGAUCCAGGUCAAGACCUCGUCCACGGUCUCACAGUCGAAGCAGUGAAAGGUCCAGUCACCGAAGAACCCGUAGUCGAUCUCGGGAUAGAGAACGACGUAAAGGCAGAGAAAAGGAGAAAAGAGAAAAGGAGAAGGAUAAAUGCAAGGACAAGGAAUUACACAACAUCAAACGGGGGGAAUCUGGAAACAUCAAGGCUGGAUUAGAACAUCUGCCACCAGCUGAACAAGCCAAAGCCAGACUGCAGCUGGUUCUUGAAGCUGCUGCAAAAGCUGAUGAAGCAUUGAAAGCAAAAGAAAGAAAUGAAGAAGAAGCAAAGAGAAGAAAGGAGGAAGACCAAGCCACCCUGGUCGAACAAGUAAAAAGAGUAAAAGAAAUUGAAGCCAUUGAAAGUGAUUCUUUUGUUCAGCAGACAUUCAGAUCAAGUAAAGAAGUCAAAAAGUCCGUGGAACCUGGUGAGGUGAAGCACACACCUGUGACAUCAGGACCAGCACCAGGAGCUGCUGACCCACCCAGUAGUGAGAAAGAAAUAGAUCCCAGCAGCAUCCCCACAGCCAUCAAGUACCAAGAUGACAAUUCUCUGGCCCAUCCAAAUUUAUUUAUUGAGAAAGCCGAUGCUGAGGAAAAAUGGUUCAAGAGAUUAAUUGCCCUCCGACAAGAAAGGCUAAUGGGUAGUCCUGUGGCCUGAAUAAUAUACAUAUGGUUGAAUUAACAGUAACAUUGGAAAUUUAGGUUUUUAAAUCCCAAUAUUAACUUUUUACUCUUAAAAAGCAGUUAGCUGAUAAUGUAAAAAGGUACUAUUUCAUUCAUUUCUCAUGUAGGCUUGAAUAUUUGCUGAUUUGAACUUAGCCAAACAUUGUGAAUAUUAAAACUAGUGUAAAAUUUAACAACGCAUGAAAAUGUCAUACUGUUAAUAAAAAUAACAGUGGUAAAAUAAAUGAUACACAGUAGUAUUUGAGUAAAAUUGGAAAAUAUCAAGUCAUCAUUUAAAGACACAAUUUUGAUUAAUCAUGCAUAUGUAAGAAUCAAACUAUAUGCUAUCCAUGUGAGAUUUCAUCUUCCAUGUAUUAUGAAACCAUUUUGAGUCUUUUUUUUCACCUUAUUGUAAAAAGCAGAAUAAAAAGCACUCCAAACAAUCUAAGCAGAAU